AUGCAAAGGCCUAGACACCUAAACGUAUUACAACUACUGCUAGACUUUGGUUGGAGCAUUGACGUUCGCAACGACGCUCUAGAGACUCCUCUGCACCUCGCGUGCUUUGACGGUCAUGUUCACCUUGCCGAGUUAUUGCUGGACCGUGGAGCGGAUAUCAAUGCGCAGACGAGGGAUGGAGAAACCCCUCUGUUCUACGCUGCACGAAAAGGUCAGUACCGUACAGUUCGACUGCUUGUUCGGAGAGAGUGUGACCUCGGAGCGAGGAAUUGCUAUGGCGACGUGGCGGAGGAGGAAGCUAGAGGUGCGAAGACUCUGGCGGACGAUGUUGGCGAAUACGUUUUGUCGCAAAGACUUCGAGAGCGCGUGUUGUCGUUCCUCGACCUGAAAAGCUUAGGUUACGCGUCGCAAGUGUCGUAUCGGUGGCAUCGAGCCGCCGACAAUUCGUCGCUGUGGAAGGGACUUGGUGUGUCGCGGUGGGGAUUGCUGUUGAGUGCGACCAUGGGAGUGGGAACAGUGCCUCAGAUGGCGAUGCUGGGCUCUACUACCAGCAACCUCUUCCGCUUAAACAUUUCAAAGACUGUAUCUCGACAUCCAUUUAGCUGUGAUAAAGCUAUCCUCGGUAGAAACAUGCCUCUGACUGCUAAGGCUAAAGAGCGCCCGCGGAAUCGAGAACCGCUACGACCUCGAACUGCUAAUGUUGCAGGAACGUAG